AUGGCCAACCCACGUGUCGAGGAGCUCCCCGAUGAGCCAGAGAAGAAGGAAGCAGGUGUCGAGGACGCCGAGGACUCCUCCGCAGACGACUCCGAUGAGGCAGGCGAGGGCGGCGAGGCCAACAUCCCCGCCGGCGCCUCUGUCGCUGUGCACAGCAGGAACGAGAAGAAGGCUCGCAAGGCGAUCGCCAAGUUGGGUCUGAAGCAUGUCGAGGGCAUCACGAGGGUCACUUUGAGGAGACCAAAGAACAUCCUGUUCGUUAUUAGCCAGCCGGACGUCUAUAAGUCGCCAUCGAGCAACACUUGGAUCAUCUUCGGCGAGGCCAAGAUCGAAGACCUCAACUCCCAGGCUCAGGCCUCCGCUGCCCAGCAGCUCGCCGCUCAGUCCGCCAACGACCACGCCGGCCACGAUCACGCAGCUGAGGGCGACUCCGGCAAGGCCGUUGAGGGUGCAGGCGAGAAGAAAGUGGAGGAGGACGAAGAUGAUGGCGAAGAAGUCGACGAUACUGGGCUUGAGGCGAAGGAUAUCGAGCUCGUCAUGGCGCAGGCCAGUGUGAGCAGGAAGAAGGCUGUCAAGGCGCUCAAGGAGAACGACAACGACAUUGUCAACAGUAUCAUGGCUUUGAGCAUAUAG